UUUCAAAUCUUGAUUUUAGUAAAUUUCCAAAACCCUAGGUUUUCCGUUUUUACAAUAUAGUUCUCUUUUAAAGUCUUGAUUUUAGAAGAUUUCCUUCAUCAUCAUCCUCCUCUACUCUCUAAAGCUUCUGAGUCUCUAUAUAAAUCAGCGUGUCAUAGUUAUUACUUCAAAAACUACACAAAGUUCAAUAAGAAUUAAGAAGUUAGCUGACUUAAGGAUCUAAACAAUGUGGAAGCUUUUUGCCAAAAAAAAACCAACGAGGAAGCUGGAAGAAGGCGCAUCGUUAAGCGUAAGUUAUGAAGACAUCCAACAAAAACGAGAACAAAAAAUACUAGUCUGGUCUUGUGCCGCAGUGGGUUUACUACUACUUGGGCUUGUCGUCAUCUUGACCCUUAUCCAUCCGCCUGUUCCACAGUUCAUGCUUGACGACCUCUCCGUUGAUCCCGUUUCAAACUCAAGUUUGGUGGUGAAUCUGUCAUCGACCAACCCAAGCUAUACGACAGACAUAUACUACAGCAAGAUGAGUGUAGACGUACAGAUCGAAGGAAUUUUCCAGUCAGAGAGUGUUUUCUUGCAGAGCACGCUACAAAAGCCACAUGAACGUACCCCGUGGACAGCGGUCGUAACAAUCAAUAAGACUAAUGGGAGCUUGGGGAUGAGGGACGGUUCGAUGAAAGUUGUUGCGCAUGUAAAUAUUCUAGGCAAAUUUGGGAUCUUGAAGAAUAGUUUAGUCGUGACUUGUCCUAUUUUGAACGACUUGAAAGCUAUAGUUUCAAAACCCUGUCAAGUCAUUGAUUAGAAUCUAUGUCAACGUUUUCUUUUAUGUUUUUACUAACAUAUGUCUUAUUUAUUCAACAACCUCAUUGCAUGGUAUUCAACAUAAAACAUUUUUUUGCUUGGCUUUUUUAUUACAUAAUAACUUGAAGAAAUAGUUAGUAGUAACAGUAUUUUUUUUAGAUUUCUGCUUGAAAUCCUACAUUCUAAUUCAGAAAGUGAUAAAGGGACCAACACUAGCUUUUAGUUUCUACUUCAAAUUAAACCACGUGGUCUUU